GAGCAGGCGGCCUGUCAUCCGUCGCUAAACGACUCCCUAAUCGCAUCACCCAGAAGAACACACAAAAUUCCCAAUUUCUUAGAGUAAGAAAUUCCCAUUGUUUGCUUUUUUAUUUUGUUUUGCCCCAAUCUUUGUCUAUCCAUGGAGGUGCCAAGUUCAUGGGACGCCCUUCGCAAACAGGCGAGAAAACUUGAAGCUCAGUUGGAUGAGCAAAUGAAUUCUUAUCGUAAAUUGGUUUCUGCUAAAGCUUCUUCAAAAGCUGAUAAUGCAGAGAGUGACAUGGAGUCUUGGAUUGAGCGGUUACUAAAACAACUCCAACAAGUGAACUCACAGAUGCAAGCUUGGGUAUCAUCUGGUGGGUCAGAAAUGGUUUCUCAUACUUUGACAAGGCACCAAGAAAUUCUUCAAGAUCUCACCCAGGAGUUUUAUCGUCUACGAUCUAGUCUCAGAGCUAAGCAGGAACAUGCUUCACUCCUUGAUGAUUUUAAAGAGUUUGAUCGGACAAGAUUGGACUUAGAAGAGGGUGGAGGUUCUGCUGAGCAAGCACUACUAAGGGAGCAUGCUUCUAUCAGCAGAAGUACAGGACAGAUAGACAAUGUUAUUUCACAAGCACAAGCAACAUUUGGUGCACUUGUCACCCAGCGUUCAACUUUUGGAGGAAUCAAUUCAAAGCUCAGUAAUGUCAGCGGUCGCCUUCCAACGGUGAAUAACAUUCUGUCGGCGAUAAAGCGAAAGAAGUCGAUGGAUACAAUCAUACUUUCCCUUGUUGCAUCAGUAUGCACAUUUCUCAUUUUAAUCUACUGA